AAAGUCACACUAAGGCCUAACGAAGGCAAUGUCUUUUUAUUUUGUUGUGUAGAGCUAUGGAUUAUAGUAUUAUAGAUCUAGAUCUACUCAUUGACUUGUGCUAGCCUAGAGACGUAAAUAAUUGCCCUAAAUCUGUCUACAUUCUACAUCUAAUCUGUAAAUCUAGAUCAACACAUUCACCAUGGUUCAGUAUUAAAAUAAAAUAGAUCUGCUCAGACGGCUCAGUGACUCUACAGUAGUCUACAGUAAUGAAAUUACCUCCAGUACUUCAGCUUCAAUAAAGUAAAUGCCUAAAGUAAUUGAAGAUGUUGGCCAGAAUUUUAUUUUAUCCAUCUCUGGCCUACAAUUAUUGUAUGACAAAGGUGUCCUCCCGAACUUGGUACAACAGAAUAGAUAGCACUGUUAUCUUAGGGGCCCUGCCAUUAAAAUGUAUUGCACAACAGGUAAAAGAAUUCAUUGUGCAAAUUUUCAGCUUGAUCAGAGAUUGUCGUGGGAGAAAUAAUGUGUACAAACUUUUUACCAUACAGACAGACAGACUAAUGGAAGAGGAGAAAAUUAAGGGAAUAGUUUCACUAAAUGAAGAUUAUGAACUGAAGUAUUUGACCUUUACAACUGAGGAGCUCAAAACACUGGGCAUAGAACAUCUGAGGUUAAGUACAGUGGAUUUUACUGGGACUCCUACUCAAGAGAAACUUGUUUUAGGUGUACAGUUCCUUAACAAACAUCGAGAACUAGGUCAGAGCGUUUAUGUUCACUGUAAGGCUGGCAGAACCCGAAGCACAACACUUGUGGUUUGCUACCUCAUGCAGCUCCAUAAAUGGAAACCUCAAGAAGCUGUGGACUUCAUCAAGUCCAAAAGACCUCAUAUAUUGUUGCGAGACAAACAGCUCAAGUCUAUAGAAGAUUAUAACAACAGUUUCAUAGAUUCCUGAUAAUUGCCUAAUAUUAAUUAUUUUAGAGGUUAAACUAUUUAAUCAUGGUAGUCCUACCACAAUGCCUGCAAGUAGAUCUCCAAUCCCAUUUUUUAUUCAAGAUUUGCAUAUGGAUUUUGAAUCCCUAUGAGAAUUUUGUUCCAUGACAGCUAAGAGCAUGGUAGGAGUGUAGGGCUAUGUAAGAUGUGCUAAGUGUAUAUUUAUAAGGGCAGGUAAACUAAGCUAUACAACAGCAAGAAGAUCAAAUGCAUAUAAUAACUGAGAAGAAAUAAAGCCCUAUCAAAUUAAAUGGUGGGGGGCUGUUGAUGUGGUGGGGACUAAGAAUAUUAAAAUCUAAAACUGUUAUUGUCACUUACAAAGUUAAGUACUGUUAACUAAAUAGUAUAGCCCCUUACAAUAAGGGUUGUGGAUGUUUGUGUCUGUAUCAUUGUUAUUCAGGGUCUUAGUGAACAUUGAGUAUAAAUUGUUAGUAUUUAUCCAUUUACAAUUUACAUGCCAAUUAUAUUAUUCACCAAAAAUGUCUAUAUUACUAUAUUUUGAAUACAAUAAAAAACUGUUAAUACAAUGUGAAAAUUUAAGAUUUUUUUUAAUGAGUAAACUUCAUUAAAAAUAUAUAUUUAUAUUUUUAA